GGCUCGUGUGUGAGCGUGGGCGUGUGUACUGUAUGUGUAUGUGUUUGUGUGCGUGUAUCUACCGGUAUUUCUGUCUCUUGGACGACAAGGCUACCAAGCCAUGUCAUAUUGAGCAUCCUAGACAUUUCUAAAUUUCUGUCCUGUCAUCCUCGUCUACUUGCGUCCUGUCGACUCUUUUUAUGCUCAAUGACACCACGAGGCUGCCACCCGUUUUGUUAAGGCGUUUCACGAAUAAUUGAUCCGUUAUCUCCUACAGUCACACUUACAACGCUGCACUAUAGACCUGGUUUUUUCUUUUCCUGAUCUUCCUUUUGAUUCCAAAUCACACAUACAACCACCGUAUAGCACCGCCCCUCUCUUGCCUCUUCUCUUCAAACCUUUGUCUCAAGGCUCGUAUGGCGUUUUCCGUACAAUUUGUCCAGUACCAAGGGAGCUCAUAACCCGCACAACACGGCCAUGGACUUCUACAAGGAAAAGGCGACGCAACUAUUACUUGAGCACCGGGAGGCACAUACAAACCCAGAUUUUUCUCCUCUGGCUUGCAGUUGCCAGUGUACUAAAUUCCCCAAAGAUGGCACGUUUACAUAUAAAGAGAUUAACCAUGUCAUGGCACGCAUCGUCGACGAGAACGGGUCGGUGGACCUCGUCAACGCACUAAUCAGAAUGGGAGCCGAUGUCAACGUCACGCGGCGAAGUUCAACAAGCCUGUGGAAGAAGGUAGCCAGACGACAUCAGACUCCAGAACGCAGCGAUUUGCUCCAGGUCGCCACGGUACGAUGUCGGCCCGAGCUUGUAGAGGUUCUUGCCGCCCAGGCAGACCAAGCCAACCUCGACAAUGCCUUGCGAUAUGCUAUACUGCGUCGAGACCUCCAUGUCCUCCAAGUCUUGCUAGACGCCGGUGCAGACCCAGCAGAGCUGCAUGAUGAUUUCGAAAAGGCAGUCAUGCUCGGUGAAACGGAACCAAUUGCACUCCUUUUAGCAGGCCCAAAAAAGCCCUGUACCGACUGCAUAUCAGGAGCAUUGACUGUAGCGAUCAAGGACGGGGCCUCCAAGAUACUCGAGUUGUGUAUGGCAGCCGGAGCUGACCCGAACUACCUUGGGGGCCAGGCUUUGGUUGCCGCGGUUGAGGCGAAAAGAAGUGACUACCUCGAAAUUCUCUUGUCAAGCCGUCGUGGCAGGCUAGCAAUGAUGGGCUCCCUAGAUGCAGCAGUCGGUGUCGCCCACCAACACUUGUCCCGGCAGGAUGACGAGACUUUCCGAGAGCUACUUGAGAUGUGCCUGCUCUCCGGUGCAGCUGGCGAACGAACUGAACGACUAUUCACAUCAGGUCUCGUUAACUGCGUCAAAAAGAAGAACCAACGGCUCCUGGAUCUCAUCUUGCAAUACACGCAGCCAAUCGAUCCGUACCACACUCUGGCCGUAUUGGAGGCCAUCAAAACCUACCAGACAGUGAUUCUCGCACAGCUACUCAGGCUGAAGCCUUCUGAGGAUUGCCUUGUUGCUGCCAUGUCUCAAGGAAUGCGUGUUGCGGAUAGCGAGGUCAUGUUCGAAAUUAUCGCCUUACUACUGUCACUCGGUGCCAGAGGGCCAGCAGUCUCUGCGGCUUUCGUCACCUGUGUCGGUCUCCUGGGCGACAAUUUUGAUCUACUACAUGUUGAGCUUGGCAGACUUCUGUUGGAGCAGGGCGAUGCGGACGUCAAUUACGACGACGGUGCGGCUCUUCGAACAGCAAUAUCUGCGAGUCUCAUGGGGAUAAUAUGCGACAUCAUGGACAGGCGUCCCAAUCAGGCCACUCUUGGAGCUGCACUACCAGUCGCUAUGGGCAUGGAGCCAUCCAAAAAGCUCGAUGUUAUUGAAAUGCUGCUAAAAGCAGGAGCCAGAGGCCCAGUGGUUGAUUGUGCGCUGGUGGAUGCGGUGAACAGCGCCCCUAAAAAUACGCCCUUGGUGAAGCUUCUGCUCACUCGUGCGUCGGUCAACCACCAGGGUGGCGAAGCCCUCGUCAGCGCUAUACACAAUCAAGAUUUCGACAUUAUUGAGCUUAUUCUGGCUCAGCGCCCUGAUCGCGAGGCCAUGGCUGCGGCCGCGAAAGCCUCCUUCCUGCUCCCAAAGAAUGAGAGGCGAGAGACAAUCCGCGUCCUCAUUUCUAGGUUCCAUAUCGAGCACUUAAACUUUUGCUUAAAACAGGCAAUAUUAUCAACAAAGAAAGACACAGACCUCGUCGAACUGCUUUUGGUUUCCGGAGCGGAUCCUCGCUGCGAUGGAGGUGCUUGUCUUAAGAUUGCAGCUUCUUCGUUUGAUCUCGCGCUCCUCGAACUACUUGCUCAGAAGAUUGGCAAAGAUGGUCGAUUGUUUACCGAAAUAUUUGACCAUGUCAUCUCACAGGGCGACGAAUGGCUGGCACAUUCGCAUAUCAAUGUUGUCGAAUUAAUAUUACGUUUCGGCGCUUCUGGUAUAGUUCUGAGCAGGGCACUUAUCGACGCUCUGCAGGCCAUGUUCCCCGUAAGACCUGGCGGCAGCCCUAGAAGCCGAAGUCCACGAAGCCCGAUGAGCCCUUGUCGCGACUCUAGUGCUCCCCCGGAAGCCAUUCUCGACUUACUACUAGGUCACGGCGCCAGUACCAACUACGAAAGCGGAAAGUCCGUUCAAUUGGUGGCAAGGAACGGUGAUCGACACCUCCUGCGAAAACUACUUGAUACCAAGAAUUGUGCUAGCCUGCAGACGGCCACGACGGCUCUGUAUGCCGCUAUCAGCGCAGGCCACACUGAGGCGCGGCUGCUUGAGCUGAUCGACGUCUUUACCGAUAAAUCCACUGUUGCCCCCGACUUUAGCAGUCAGGGGGUAUAUGAUGGGAUGUUCCCACCACUGUAUUUGUGCUUGGAGAAGUACCCUCGCUCGACUGUUGUUAUGAACCGGAUCAUCAGUGCUGGUUGUGACUUGUCACAAACGGUUAAGAUAACAUACGCUCCCACUUCAAACGGAGAGGUACAAGAGCAGUCAUCAGACUACGAAGCUGCGAACGUCUUGAUCUGGGCCCUGCUCCAGUCCUCCAGUAAAACGAGCUCUGCCGUGGUUGCACAGCUGGCCAAGCAAGGAACCGAUGUCAACUUUGUCACUGAAAAGAGCAAAGUGACGCCCCUGAUUGUCGCUGCCAAAACAAAUCGACCAGAGCUAGUGGACGAGUUCCUCAGACUUGGAGCUAGGGCGACAGUCCAAGACUCGCUGGGACGGUCCGCUCUUUUCUAUGCUGCGCGGAUUGGCAGUCACGAAUCUGUUGUCCUAUUGCUGGACAAGAAGCUCCCCAUCAACGACGGUAGUCUGCAUGAGGCCUCUCGCAACUUCCACGUCGACGUUAUGCAUAAGCUCAUCGAGGCUGGUCACGAUCCUGACUACAGGUCAAACAAGCACGGCGGUCAUACGGCGCUUACCGUGAUGGCGAGCCGGGGUAUUAUUCCAGCCGACCCAGAAAGAGCAGAGGCGGCGGUGGACAUUCUCAAACGAUUCAAUGCAAGCCCUCUGUUGAAGGUGCAUGGCAGGACUGCCGUGUUCAUGGCCCUGGACAACAUUGUGGACAGUGCAGGACCGGAGGCAAUCACGACUCUGCUACUAGAUCGACUCUUUUGGAAGACGCUCAACGACGAGAAGAACGUGUACACCGACCAGCAGGGAUACUCAUUUUCGCCGACCAUGUAUAUCAAAAAGGGCCUGUCUCGUGCGCACGAUUCGCAGCACGAGGUACUACUCUCUCUUCUCCGCGGCCAGGGCGCGAUAGAUCGAUUCUAUGCGAGCAUAGAAGCAGAGCAGCAGCCGGUGGAUGCGGUUGGGAUGCCGGACGAGAUCCGCGAGCAGGAGAAGGAGCGGCGGGCUCGCAGGCUACGGCAGCAACGUGAGGACGACGAUCACUCACGACGGUUGCGCAUGGAGGAGGAGACGACCAUGCAUGAGCUGCGCCUUUCGGGAGCGCGGCGCUUUGCAGAAUACGACCACACUGACAGACUGGCCGAUCAGCACCGACGGAAUCGGGGCCUCGACCAUGCUUUGGACAUGCAGAUCGAACUUGACAAGCACCUCAACGGCAGCACGAUCCGAAAGGGGGAGGCAGACACAACUGCGGCGAUCGAGUGGAAUCAGCACAUGGAUGGGGAGGAGAUGAGACGGCAAAAGACCGAGAGCGAUUUCGAAUACCGCAUCCGCGGGCGUACAAUCCAGACCAUGGAGGAAAGGGCCGAGCUGGAGAUGCAAGGUGCGCGUUAUGCGCUCGAAGCUGACAAGCGGGCAAGAGAGCUGGCCCUCAAGCAGUGGAACUCAUCUCGUGUGCACGAGAUCAGUCUUCAGAAGGCGCGCGGGGAGGCCGAACUCAAUGUGUGGCAGCGCAAUGCACUUGCCGCCGGAGAGACGAGGGAUAUGAGGGAACGAGACGCCGUGCAAAGUGCGCGCGACGGCAGGGCCAUGAUGGACCGCUGGGCGCAACACAACAUGCAGGUCGUCGAGAAGGCUGGGCCCGGUUCAGCUGGUGGCUGGGUGCCCCCGUCUGCUGCAGUCGACAUGGUUGCUUCCUGGACGGGUGCGAGCCGUAACGGAAGAAGUGCGGAACCGAGGAGCCCUGGGCCCAUGCCUACCAGUGGCGGUGGCGGCGGCGGCGCUGGUGGUGAUGGCCAUCUUCCACCAAGUGCUAGAGGGUACCAGGCGCCGCGGGUAAGCUCCGUUAGGGUAAGCGAGGGGCCUGUGAGGAGGGCCAUUGCUGGUUGAUGGCAGACAUGAUGUUUAAUUCUCGAGAGGAUCAUUCACGAUUUUUCUCUUUUGUUUAUUUUUAUUUUUCAGGAUCGGAACAUGUUAGCAACUGUAUUUGGCUUUAUCGGCGUAGCAGCUUGGGAAACAGCACGGGUUGUGAAUUGGAGUUGUUUUUAUUCUUUUUCGUCUGGUUCAUCUUGGGUAUCGGUUAUAGAUAUUGGACACCUACCUACAUAAGAACAACGUACCUUGAGCCCUG